AUGGCGCUGGAGGGACGGGGCGAGGGAGCGAGGGGGAUCGAGGGCUGCGCGAUGCGUGUGUGCGUGUGUGUGGCGGCGCUGUGGGAGAACGAGAGCGAGAGGGUGAGGAUCGAGCGAUGGGUCUCCCUGGCGGCGCUAGGAGUGGUGGCGUGCUCGAGCAAAACCAACGGGGACAGGGCACCGGAGGAGGAACAUCGACGACUUGGCGAGGCGAAGCAGAGGGCCGCGGGUGCUGGGGUCGGCGAUGCAAAAGACCACGGCGGCGGUGCCUACUGGCGCGGUGACGGGGAACGGAAGGCGGCAGCGACGAGAGGAGGCAGGCGCAGCGACGGGGUGGUAGUGGAGGCACUGGUCGCGGAGGUCGAUGGAGAGUGGCUUGGCGCGGCCGCGGACGAGGGCUGGAGGCGAACGGCGGGUCGACGACGAGCUCGGGAGGGAGCUGCAGCGAGGGUCGCGGAGAGGCAGGAGGCGCGGCUCUUGUCGGAGGAGGGAGGCGAAGCAGCUCGGGGCAGCGGUGUGCACGGAGCGGUGACGGCUGCCGGAGGCGAGGACGCGGGGUCGAGGCAGAGGCGACCGGCGGGGAACUCGGCGUCCAUGGCGGCAUCCAUGGAGGGGCGGCGCUGA